AUGACACAAGUGGCACCCCAACAGGAAGAAGUUCAGAAUCUCAAGGCCCAGUUGCUGUUUACUCUUCGCGAUAGUAAACCAAAGGAAGCGAUCAAGCUGUUGAAAGAGGGAGCUGGUGUUGACUUCAGAGAUCAGACGGGAUGUCGUCCAUUACAUUACGCAGCAAAGAAUGGUUAUGUAGAGGUCAUAGAACUGCUGCUGGAAAAGGGCGCUCAGACAUUUGCUUGGGAUAAUAACGGCCAGACAGCUCUCCACAAGGCUGUCAUGCAAGGUCAUGUUCAGGCUAUCGUUGUAUUGGUCGCAGGAGGGGCUAAGAUUGAUGUUAUUGACCGGAUGGGACACCUACCACUAGAGUAUGCAGUGAAAAAAAAACAUGUUGCUAUGGUUGAACUAUUGUGCCAAUUUGGAGCUGAGCCACAACUACUAGACUGGAGCUGGUUAAAAGAUAAAGAAAUUACGAAAAUGAAGGAUGUGAUGCAAAUCGCCAAGGUUCUAAAGAAACAGCUCAAGAACAUGUCUGGUUACAAACACAGUGAAAUACGACUGGACGUAGCUAUGAUCUCCCCAGGGGAGGGGUCAAUAAAACUAAAUAAUACCGGAGUGGAGGUCACAGCGAAUGAAGGUCAGGAGCGUUUCUACCUUUACCUUAGCCAAACGGAGGAGGCGUACAGUACCCCGCCACCCCUAGAGGAGGAAGAACAGGCAUUUGGUCACAUAUUGGAGUUUCAGACAUGGGGGGCUAAGGUUAAGUUCAUCGCUCUAACAGUAACCGUGGAUCGACCGGUCCCGAAAAAUGAGGAAGUCGUCCUACGUCCGGAGACUCCAAGAGGUGGUAUUGACCAUGUAGAGAUACAAGAAGUAGACGGGAAAGAGGUGACCAAAGUGACUCUUACCGUUCCACUGACAUCUGGCUUCCAUCGAUUCGCCAUGGCAACCAGGGAGAAGAAGCAAAUCGUCAAGGUCUCUAAAGAGGCUGUUGUGUUCAAACCAGAGGUUGAACCCGAGGCAGAAAUUGAUAUCCCAGCUGGUACGUUCGAUUCAGUGGAACUGUCAAUAAAAUUCGUAGAUACUGCUCCCGUAAAUGAAGAUAUCAGAGACAGUGAAGAAGCAGGACAGUCCACGGAAGGUCAAAUGAUAACGACGAAUGUGCUUGACCUCACGACAAGUGAUGACCAGCAGCCUACCAAAGACAUAAAGAUGAAGAUACCGAUUACAGCUAAAGACAAAUCGGAGGAGUUUGUUGUAAUGACGUCAUCAGACCCCGACCCUAAUCUGGAUGAAUGGACAUGGGAAAUACUACCGGCAGAAAUAGAUGAUGCUGGCAAGGCAGUUUUCGACAUUAAACACCUUUCCAUGUCAGUAUAA